AUGGACACAGCUGCAGUAGUGACUCUUCUGGCUCUGGCGAUGGCUGGAGCCAGUCAGGCUCUUCGGGUCCAAGGCGGCUUGGAUAAAAAUGACAUUCAGCCUGGCAGCUCAGAGGAGAACACGGCUGAUCGCCUGCUGGAGCGUGAAAGCAGAGACACUGACGAGCAUCUGCUGGCCUCAGUGUUAAGAUCUCUGCUGCUCGGAUCGCAGAGAGAAAGCAGGGAGUCUGUUCUCCAUCAGCCACAGAGGUUUGGGCGCGGCUCCAGAGGGCAGGUCGUGUUGGAGGAUCAGAUCCAAACUCGAGACUGGGAGGCCGCCCCCGGUCAGAUCUGGAGCAUGGCCGUACCCCAGAGGUUUGGCAAGAAAUAA